AUGAGUUGAGACAAGUUGAGAGAAAGGAGGCGAAUCUCUACUAAUUUUUUGUCGCUGAGGAUCUUCUCUGAAAAUCGGAGAAAUCUUCCUCAGCGAGUUCGCCUGUCGAUCGAUUAUUCGUGAUUGAACUUCAAAAAAUCCGAUUCGUCGCAAGACAAAACGAGAUGUCAGUCCAUCCGCACUCCGCAGUACUUCGGCAUUGCGCAUUCGUUUAGAAUCAUCACGCACGUUGACAUUUUGAUUUGAUUCUCUGCUCGGGCUCUGCCGCAGUCUUCGGGAACUCAGACAAAGCGAACGCCAGGAACAUGGUGACUCGGCCGCGAUUUUGCCCUUUCGCCCGUUAUUUAUAGAGCUGGCAGGUUAUUUCUAAAAUCAAUCGCACAGGGAUGUCGUGGCAUGCGGAGUGAUGGAUCAUUGAAUGGAGAUGCAAGGUUGGAGAACAACAUGAAUUUGUAUCGCACAAUUAUCUGACUGGGAUCUACUCUUCGAGUUAUCGUGUCUUCAUAACUUUACGCACAAAUGUCAGGAUGUUAAGCGGUGCUGUCAAUAUGGAACUGAAUAAUGUUGUGAGCAACAAAAGUUCCGUAUAUCUUGCACUGUCGUUUCGUAGGCUGUGCCUGGCGACAGUUGGCUUACCACUUGUGUCGCUGUUAUUCUGCUUCAUCACAGCAUAUAUAUUUCAACAGGACGAUAUUCACGAAACUCAUUGUAGGGUCUAUAAUAUUCUUCCAUCGAUCUCAGCCAUUACUGGAGUAUCUCCACAGAGAUAUUUAUGGCGUAUCAGUAUAGCAUUACAUAUUGGUCCUAGACUGGUUAUCGCCAGUGUUUAUCAUUCAUAUUAUUACAAGAUACUUAAGAACAUUGAAGAUGUGCCUCUACAAAUUACAGGGAGCAGGCUCCUAAACCUAUGCUAUUGGCUAAACAUUGCCGAGAUAGCAGCUUUGUCUGGUGUAACAUAUAUUUCUAACAGAGAAAAUUAUUCGGUGCACGAAAAAAUUUUCAUAGUGUUCAUGAUUAGCUCGCUCACAUAUAUGUUGACUGCUGUGAGAUUGGGUCGUUUAAUAACUCCAAAUGCACAAAGUCUUCAGUACAAACAAGUGCUUUUUAUGACAAGUCUCGUCAGUACAAUCUUUCUUAUUAUUUUCUUCUUAAAACAUCGACUGCUGUGUCACGAUUUGGCAUUUAGUUGGUUUUCACUAUGUGAGUACGUGAUAGCUUUUGCAAAUAUGGGCUUUCACAUCACUGUGGUUUCGGACUUUCCAGAAGAACAACUGAUCGUAGGUCACGGUUUACCUGCCGUAAAAAUAGAUUAACCUUAUAGGAUAACUCAUCAUUCUCAUCGUCAUAUUAAAGUACCUAUUGCCUCUGCAUGGAAGUGCUACAAAUUAUUGUUUUUAAGAGAUGAAAGUUUAGCAUACCACGUGAUAUAUAAUUUCACGAUUGUCUCACGAGUUUUAUGAUAUUUACAAUAUUACAUUAUGUUACCCUCUUGAGAUUGAUACAAUUUGCUUCCAGUGAUAUUUAAGAGAUAGAUAUCAUUUUUAUCUUUACUUUUACAUUGUCUCGCAAUAUUAACUACGAUAUUCGACCAAUAAUUCCGAACGAGAAGACACGUGAAAAGAAUAAAAAUAUCUAGCGCUUCCAAAAUGUGGCACCGGUUACUUUUAAAGCGAUGAAAUAUGUAACGGCCUUUUAAUAUUGUAUUUAGUAAUAGAGUACAAUCAUAGUAAAUAAUAGUUAGAAGUAUCCUACAUACAAACAACAUUUAUUGUU